AUGCCACUUUAUCUAACGGCGUCCCACUCAUCUCGAGUUCAUAAGUCGGGACAAAGUUCCGCCACUACUGGCCGCCGUAAUUCGGCCUCACCUUUUUCAAAUGCUCCACGUAGGAAAUCGACGAUCCAGAGAUCACACUCUCUAGCUGGCGCUCUCGAGGACGGGCUUACCGACAACGAGGAUGACGCCUUGCUGCCAACCGGAAAGGUUGUAUCCGUCCUCAAGAUCGAUGAAGCCAAAGAUGUGAUAAGUGCUGUUCACUAUGGUCGCACUUCCAUGUUUGCCGCCUUUCCAGAACGGGCUGGCAUGAACAGUGUACGCAUUGCUGAAGUCCUCAAUUUUCAGCGAAACUUACCUUCCAUUAUCUCCUUGGCCCAUGUUCACGCUCUUCUCGCUGCUUCUUCCAAGACGGAACGAGAAAUUUCUGCAUUACAGUCUGCUGGUAAGAUUCGUAAAGUCAAAGUGGUGGGUCGGGGCAACGACAUCAGUGGCGUCAGUGAGGUUCUCAUCACGACAGAUGACCUGGACAGCCUCUUGCAAAGAAGCAAUAUAUCAGCAGAUGUUAUAACGGACUUCUGUACCGCUCUUCGGCGUUUUCCGCGAGCCACGUCCAUCCCAGCCCAAGAACUAUUUGAAUCAUCUGUCACCGAGUUGAGUCGGAAGGGAUUUCUGGUUUCUUCCUCUCUUUCGGGUUCCCGGAACCUGUCCUUGGCCGGUUCAAGCCUGGUUGGCAUUCCCAAAAUAUCGCGUGCAGCAUCUGGAACUUCUGAUGCAGUUGGGGGAGAUGCAGCCUUUGAGAACUUGGGUGGGGUCGGUUCUGCAAAGCGGCCCAAAGCCCACGGCAACCGCACCUCUCAUGCCCAAGGUGGUGAAUUGGCGCUCUCUGUGCCAAACCUCGGUCCUUAUUUGAGACUCCUGAGUGCCGGUCGAGCACACCUUCUAGAACUACUCGGCAAAUCAAAAUACAAGGAGGCACCGUUAUAUCUUCUCCGAGAGCGCUGGGACGGUGCGGUCGACACGGACAACCGGAUUUCUACCGCCAAGCGAGUCAGAGGGGAAUUCUCGGCUGUCAUGCCAUCCAAGACAAAGAAAUGGAAGGAUCUAUAUGGACUCAGCUUUGAUUGGGCUCUUGAGGAGUGCCUGGGUGCAGGACUGAUCGAGCUAUUUGAGACUCGGAGUGUUGGGUUGGGUGUUCGUGCAUUGACCUAA